AUGCGCCACACCCUGGCUUUGGGGCCGGCCCGGGGUCCAGAGCACCGGCAGCCUAGACGAGCGAACACGUCUCUUGGUGUCGACAACAAAAUAGCGUCCAUCAAGACGACGAGUGCAUCUGUGUGCGCCAAGACUUCCAUCAAUAUCUGGAAGCAGCUGUACUGCAGACGUGCACCAAGGGUCAGGAGUGUCGCGAAUACGCGCCUCCGCAGGGACACGGUGCACGGACUCUGUACGGGGACCGUUCCGCCGUUGACUGGUCCGAGACCCGACGCGUCGUCGGUAGACCACGAGGCUAGCCAGUUGUGGCGUGCGGGUGGGACGACGUGGCCUAACGCCACGUCUCGACGUCGAGGAUCCAAUUGGUCCGCGGCGAGCGCAUCCAAAUCCUCUACCGCCUAUCGGGCACAAACCACCCCUGCCUCCGGUUUGAGGUGGUUCAUGCUCUGGCAUGGGCUUCCGGAGGCACCGUACCGACGACGCCGUGCAUCAGCGGAGACGGGGCGUUACGCUCACUGUCAACGAGAUUAUGCCGGGUCAUUACGUCGAACAUGUACGGGGACGUCUUCGCCGCCGGUGCACGCCCGCUUCGUCGGACUACCGUUGCUGGCUAGCGCACGACCAUACUGGGGAGGGGCGUCGCUCAUCAAAUCAGGAUCGCCCGAGCGAAAACUCCGGAAUUCCGGAUCCAAAUCCUCGAUCGCCCCAAUCGGGCGGAAGACAUCCCUGCCUCUGGCGCGAGGUGGCCUGCCCAUGCGGCGGGCUGCCGGAGGCACCGUACCGCCGACGUAG